CAGAAGAAGUGAACAUGUCAAUGGUCUUCUCUACAGCUGCAAACCUUUCUCCUCUCCAUCGAAAUGGGUUCCGUCCAAUUCGCUCCAAAUCAUGGGCGCAGCCCUGUGCUAUAAACUCUUUGCUAUCUGGUAAGUUUCCAACGGUGGGUGCGCGAUCCACGGGACCCAUUGCGCCCACUCACCUCAUUGAAGUGGCUAUAACUGCUGCUCAGACUGGCGCUCAGGUUGUGAUGGAAGCUGUUAAUAAGCCACGGAAUAUUGCAUAUAAGGGAUCAACUGACUUGGUGACUGAGACAGAUAAAAUGAGUGAAGCUGCAAUAUUAGAAGUGGUGAAAGAUAAUUUUGAAGAUCAUCUUGUUCUUGGGGAAGAAGGAGGAAUUAUAGGAGAGACAGCAUCUGAUUAUCUCUGGUGCAUUGAUCCUUUAGAUGGAACAACAAACUUUGCACAUGGCUAUCCCAGUUUUGCUGUUUCUGUUGGAGUUCUAUAUCAGGGGAAUCCAGCUGCAGCUGCAGUGGUUGAGUUUGUUGGAGGCCCUAUGUGUUGGGAUACUCGCCUCUUUUCUGCAACCGCUGGUGGGGGAGCAUUCUGCAAUGGCCAAAGGAUCCAAGUUAGUGCAACUAAUCAGGUGGAGCAAUCUCUUCUAGUGACAGGCUUUGGGUAUGAACAUGAUGAUGCAUGGGCUACUAACAUAGACUUAUUCAAAGAAUUUACUGAUGUCAGCAGGGGUGUAAGAAGGCUUGGUGCAGCUGCUGUGGACAUGUGUCAUGUAGCCUUAGGAAUUGUAGAAGCUUAUUGGGAAUAUCGUCUAAAGCCAUGGGAUAUGGCUGCGGGUGUUUUGAUGGUUGAAGAAGCUGGUGGCUCUGUUUCUCGGAUGGAUGGAGGAAAAUUUUGUGUUUUUGAUAGAUCUGUUUUGGUUUCAAAUGGUUUGCUCCAUGGAAAGCUUCUGGAGAGAAUUGGACCAGCAACAGAGAAAUUAAAAAGCAAGGGAAUUGAUUUCUCACUGUGGUAUAAACCAGAAAACUACAGGGCAGAUGUUUAAGAUGCAAGAAC